AGUUCGGUUUUACCGUUCUUCCUUCCUUCGGGGGUUUAUUGCAUUUACACAUUUCCUUGAAUGAUGUUCACUACAAAGAAGCAUUGCGUAGAUGGAGGACAAUGGCCUUAUUCGGACCCUGGUAAGCGCCAAGUUGAUACUCCUUCCGAAUCCUUGGUUGGCAUUGUUAAUUUAAAUGUUGGCGGUGUUUCAUACACAACUACUUAUUCUACGUUGAUAAAGUAUGAGAAUUCACGUUUAAGUCUUUACUUUCGACAGCUUCAUGCCUAUUUAACGCAAAGCACACCUAUUGCUGAUGUCGAUGCCAGCUUUGCGUACGUAACGAAUGACAAAAACAGUCCAUAUCCUACGGUAUUCAUUGAUCGUGAUGGUCGUCGAUUUGGUUACAUUUUGGACUAUCUUCGUGAUGGCGAGGUUGCGUUACCUGCUGAUAUUACACUUUGUCGCCAGUUGCUACAAGAUGCACGUUUCUUUAAGCUUCCAGGGUUAGAGAGUUUGAUAUCCAGUAUAAUGGAAGGGAAAAAUACUUACAGUCAAACUCAGGUUAUGACUCCGCCUAGAAAUGCUGUCUUAUCCAGUACAGACCUUAUGACUUUGGAUCCCAUUCACCCUAUGAUGGAUGAUUCUUGCCAAGUGAUCACUCCCAGUCGCGAUGGUUAUGCAGGCAAGAAAAUGCUAUCUUCUGACGUAUCUUUCGGAGCCGUAAACACAUAUGAGGAAAAUAAUAACAUGUUUCACUCGCAGCAAAGUUACGAUGAAGAGACGUUCAGUUCCCAAAAGAGUUAUCUCCAGAUAGAUGAGAAUGAUAACAUUGAGGAUGCUGGAUUGUUCAUUCAGACGACUCAAAUAUCGCAGAUGGGUAACAAGGAGUUUUCUACUUCCAUGGACUUUUGAUAAUCCAAUGUGUAUCGGUCCAUCACGUCAGCAUUUUUUGGUAUAUCGCAGGAUAUAGGGGUUACAACCAGUGUUCAUUUUCCUCUCAUAUCCAUCUGGCUCAAACCAAU